UAUUGUUGUGGAAUGGAUAGAUGAAGCACGUAAAAUUUUAAUUUUAUUGUGAAUAAUCUCUUGUGAAAUUAUAUCCAAUCGUAUUAAGGAUUAAAUUUUAUACAAUAAAUAGUGUUAAAUAUUAACUUCAGACAUCAAGAUGACUUCAAUGAAUAUUUUCUUUGAGAACCAGAAGUUAACUGAUGUGGUUUGUGAAUAUACCAAUGAAUUGAAACAAAUAGUCUCACAGAAGUAUGGUGUGCCAUAUGACGAUCUGUACGUAACAUCUAAUGGGAAGAUAGUUUCUUCUGAUCAAUGCCUACACGCGGACAGCGUUAUUCGAGUAUGUACCAGAUUAAUUGGAGGGAAAGGUGGUUUUGGAUCUAUGCUACGAGCUAUUGGCGCCCAAAUCGAAAAGACGACCAACCGAGAAGCGUGCCGUGACUUAUCAGGAAGGCGCUUACGUGAUAUAAACGAAGAGAAGCGUUUACGGAAGUGGUUAGAAGGACAGGAAGAUCGUGAGCGCGAAGCUGCUGAGCGUAAGCAGAAAAAACUUGAAAAGUUACUCGCUGAGCCGAAAAUUGACGUGAAUUUGAACCCUAGCUAUGAAAAAGAGCGUGAAGAGCUGCCGGAGCGUGUGAGUUCAGCUGUAGAAGCUGGUUGGGAGGCUGCGGGGUCAUCUAAUGAACGGAAACGCAAAUCUGAUGAGGUUCAACAAAAGAAAAAGAAAGCUAAGCUGUGGAUUGACGCUGAACUGUCUGAUUGUUCCUCUUUGAGUGAAGAUGAGGAAGAAGUUGAGAAACCAAAGGCCAAGUCUGUGUCAACAGAUAGUGGAAAUGAAUCUGAUCAUACCGCAGAAAGUAGUAAAGUGUGAUUUUAGUGAAGUAAUUGUUACGGUUUAAUUGACUUUAGACAACUUUAGGGUAUUUAAAAUAUGUUCUAAAAUUAAUUUUAGAAAAUAUGUGAUGUAUUUAUUUUAUACCAACAUUAAAUUACAGUUAUCUUUUUACAACUUAAUUUCUCAAAACACCUUUCUAUGAACAUAAUUUAUAAUGGCAUAAAAUAAGACCUUAGUAUAGAAUCUGUAUGGCUAUUGGCUACCAUCCAUUGUACAUGUGGAUUGACUGUAUGCUAUAAUUUAUCUUUAUCAAUUUUUUUAUUUAAUUAUUCUAUCCUUGUUAAGUGUUCAAAAUUUGAAUGUGUCUGUCCUAUGACAAAAAUAAUGUUACUUUUUUAGGGAUACUUAUUCUAACCGCAAUAUUUUUAUAAAAUUGUAAAUUUUUAAAUUACAUACCACAUUAUGUACCUGUCUAAACGACUAUUGUAGGUUAAGUAAGGAAUAAACAAUUUGUUCAA